AUCCAACCAACCAUGAUCCAACUCCUUUUGGUUUUGUCGAGGCCUAGCCUAGGCGCGCCAACACUAUGGCGGUAAAUUUGAAGCCCCCGUCUUAUUUCUCCAGGCCUGUAACAACACAGCAAGGGCAAUAUGAGGGUAUACAAGGAUCAGAGCUCAUUCCUCCGUCGUCAUUUCAAAAGCGGAAACAACAAAAAAUUGAUGAGCGAAAUCAUCAUCACCACCACACAUCAACACAAACUAAAGAAGAUGCAAGUAUACAUCCACCUAACAUACAUGCUGAAGAAACCAAAGGUUCUCAUGCUGCUGUCACGGUCCUUCCAGUCUCACCAACCAAAUUCACACAGUUCUCUCCUAGUCACUUAAAAGAGUUUUCCGAAGCAACCAAAGCACUCAUUGAACUCAACAAAGAAAAUGUCAAACUACUCAAACGGUCAAAGGUAGAGGAAGAUGAGGGAACUCACAAACAUGAUUUACAGGGAGAAAGAUUCAGAAUGCCUUCAGAACCUAAAACAAUAGCUGUUUACCAGGAGCCAAGACAUGUUGAUUUUCAUCACAGUCAUAUGUUGCCUAUCGAACACUCAUCGCAACUGAUUACAAAACAGGCCGCAGAAAUUGGACAACUGAAAGCAGAGAUCCAGAACCUUGAAGCACAUUACAAACGACAGAGACAGGAGUUUAAGGACCAGGUUGAGCGCCUUAAAAUAGAUAAUGCAAGAGUAAUUGAGGAACUUGAAGGCAAAUUGAAAAGGACUAUAGACAGGCAUGCUAUAGAGGUUGAACACACAAAAGCACUUAGUCGACAGAAACAGAACCAAUUUCAAGAAACAAUACAAAUCCAGUCCAUGGAAAUAGACAGGUGCAAGGCUACUUUAAAAGAAGUCUGUGAUGAGAAAUUACAGCAAGGUAAAACAAUGGAGUCGGCUGAGAAUCAAUAUAAAAAUCUGCUCAGAGAUUGUGAAGAAGAAAAAAGUGAACUGGAGGAGCAAGUGAGGAGAUUGCAAGCUUAUAUGAGUGACUCACUGGAGUCUUCCAAGUCACAAGCUACUUGGCAAGUAGAGAAGCAACGUCUCAAUCAACAAAUCAAGGACCUUGAGAAGGAAUGUUCAAGUUUAAAGACCAGCUUGGAAUUGACCAACUUAAGGUUGACAUCCGCCAUUGAAAUUCAAUCACUACAGGAACUUCAACUAUCCAAAGAGAUGCCUGAUGAUGUUACCAAAACAGUGAACCUUUUAACAAAAUGGCGGGAAAGUGUUUUCAAGCUAAUGGUGCAGAGAAAGUCACAAGACUUAACCAUCAAGAUGAGUGAUGCACAUCACAAGCAACAGGUUUAUGACUUCCAAGUAAUGGUUCAAAGUUUAAAUAAUGAGAUAGAAAUCCUAAACCACAAGAUGAGUGAUGUCCAGGCACAAUUACAGAUACAACUCAACAGAAAUAAGGAUCUUGAGGAAGAGGUGGUCUCGGUGCAGAAGGUAGCUGCCAUACUUGAUCAGAGGCUUGAGGAAUCGGUACAAGCCUGCUUACAAAUCAAGGACACUGUUAGCAAGCAUAUAUCAGUUGCAAGUAAUGUUGAGGAAUCAGUACUUACUGCGCAUAAGAAGCUAUUUUGCUAUGAAAACAGAAUUAGCUUUGCUGUAAGCAGAAUUGAAAUAUUGAAAGGUCUUUUCAAAAGAAAGGAUGCCAUAUGGAAGCAGAAGCUAAGUGGGACAGCCUCUUCUGGUGUUAGGGAAGAUGUUAUCGACCAUUCAAUAACAAAUUGUGAUCUUGGUUUAAAGGAAGAGCUAAGGCAGACAAUUGAGGAAAGAGACCUGUUGGCAGCACAUUUGAAGGAAGAUGCUCAACUGGCCGUCCAACAGAUGCAUGCCACAACCAUUGCAAAUAAAAACAGCAUUCAAGAAAAAGAAGGCAUAAUAGAAGAGUUAAAAGAUUUACUUGCAGCAAAAUCAAAGGAUAUGGCGAUUUCUAAUGAGAAAAUGUUGGAGCUGGAAUGUCAUUUGAAAGAAACCCAAAAACACAAUGCAGAGCUAGAGCAAGAUUUAAUUCAAGAAAGACGAAUAUCUAUGAAAGUGUCAGAGGAGAAGGAUGCAGAGUACCGCCGUCAGUUGUCUGACAUGGAGAUUCAUGUGAACACUGCAAGGAGAGAACACACUAAAGCAGUUAUGUGCAUGAGGCAAUGUGAAAGGCAAGCUGUACGAGAGAAAAAGCAUUUACAAGAUCAAGUAAAAUCACAAGAAACUUUUUAUGAGAGUGAAGUUGAAAAACUGCGAAGAGAAGUUAAAAACUUGCAGAAAGACAACAGUAUUCUCAAGGCUACUUUGAGACAAGAGGGUCUUAUUGGCAGGGGCGCAAGUGGCAGAACUACUGAUAUACACAUAGGUGAAGGUGAUGCUUAUUCCAAAACACCGGACGAGCAACCACAGUUGGAUGUAGAACAUUCAGUAACUGAUUCAUCUCUCGGUCUUCUUGUUGAUGAUGUUAAGAACCUGACAUCACGCAUGCUCACAUCUGAUUGAAGCGAAAUACAUGCUUUUAGCAACAUCAACCAACAGAGAUAACACAACCAACAGAGCUGACAGAGUAAUAACAACCACAUAUCUGCAAGAGCUGGGAUAUUAAUAAGACUAUAAAUCUUUUAAUUAAACCAAAGAGAGACUGAUAUCUCCCAUACCACUUUAAACCCUAUAGGGUUAAACUUAAUUUGUAUAUUGUACACAGUACCAACAGCUUAAAUGUCUCAUCCAAAAACAUUGCCCUAUUGAAAUCUGUAUUUCAGCCAUGUGGUCGGAUGUGAUGUGGCAAUAUUAAUUUGGUAUACCAUAAAACCUUGAAAAGAAGCCCAUUUCGAAAAGAAGCCCAUGGGCUUCUAAUCAAGAUAGUAUGGGCUUCUUUUCGAGACAGUGUUGUACAUAGCCUUCUUAUUUGUAAUAUAUCUAAACCUUUUAUUAUAUAAUUUGUGUAUAUAAUUAGUUGUCUGCAGAAGUAAUCUCAAAGAAGCCCAUCCAAGGGUUGUAUGUAUAGAAGCACAUGGACUUUUUUCAAGGUUUUAUGGUAAAUAGCGAUUUUGAUUGAAUAAAUGUACAAAUGGUUUUGAAUUGUUCUUGAGAAAGGUUUUUGAUUGGACAUUUAUUAAAGGAAGGCAGUUAUUUUUGGUGUAAAAUAGAUACGUAUAUACUCAAAUUCAUCAUGAUAAAGACUUACUGUUAUUGAUUCCAACUCGGUUAGAAAAAAAUAUAAUUCUACUGCAUUAAUCGAAUGUGUUGAAAAUGAUGUUGCUUCCAUUACAUUUGUUUAGGGUCAUUUCAGGGCGUUUAUUUGAGGGAGGUGUUUCAAUUGCGGCUCUAGAGGGGGCGUUUAUUCGAAUAAAUACUGUAUCUUAUAAAUAAUUGAUGUGAUUGACUUUUCUGCCAGUUCCCUACAAUCAAAAAAGUUACUGCUCGACCAUGGUAAACUGGUGUGUGCAAGAAAAUAUAGCACUGAGUUUAGCUUUUAAUAUCUGGAUCAAAAGACUACUAUAAAUGUUUUGAGUUGCGUGGAGAAUGGAAUAGAAGUUACAUGUUAAAAACUGACAGUUGUCUGAAUAUAGCUAAUGACAAGGCCAGUACUGUAUGUCAAAACCCUGUUCCCCAGAUAGUUGAAAUGCAGUUUGCCGAGUCCACUGAAACAUUAACAGCAGCAUAAAAUUCACGAAGGAGCACUCUCUUACGGUUACUUCAUCUGCAGUAGUCGCACUAGUGAAAAGUCAGGGCCGGCCAGAAUUAUGACAUUGAGAGUUUAGAAGUCAUCCCAAUGCGAAGUGAUCACUGUGUAUUCGUAUAAUAAAUAGUGGCUUAUUGUAUUUUAAUGAUUCUAAUUCUGUUAAAUCAAACUUCCAGUUCAAGUUUAUUAAAAAUUAUGUUUGCAGUGAG